AUGCGGUCCUUUGUCCUACUCGCCGCUGCGCUUCCUCUCGCUCAGAGUAUCCGCAUCAUUCAGUCCAACGACGAUGGGUGGGCAGAGGCGAAUCUUCGGACCUUCUUCGAUGUCUUGAAUUCCGCUGGCCACCAAGUAGUGCUCUCAGGACCGGCUGAGAAUCAAUCGGGAACUGGCUCUAACGAUGCCGCACCGAAACAAGUCGACGCCGAUGGCUGCAUUCAUGCGUCUUGCCCGGGAAAGAGUCCUCCUACUGGAGCAAACGCAACUGAUCCGCGCCUCAACUACGUCAACAGCUUCCCAGUCACAUCCAUCAAGACUGGCAUCGACGUGACUGCUCCCAAGCUCUGGAAUGGUGCCAAACCCGAGCUUGCUCUCACAGGCCCUAACGUCGGAGGAAACGUCGCAGUCCAGGUGCCCUUUUCUGGAACCGUAGGCGCGGCUACCUACGCAGCAAAGACGGCACAAAUUCCCGCAAUCGCCUUCUCAGGCCAGACUGGUAACCCAACCGCCUGGAAUGCACCCACGCCUCUGCACAGCAAGGUGUACGCCGACUUGGCUCUCAAUAUCACCACCACUAUCAUCAACAGCGGCAAGCCCUACCUCCCCGCCAACACCUAUCUCAACGUCAACUUCCCCGCUGUUACUGAGACCAAGUGCAAUAAGCCUAGCGAGUUCAAGUACAUUUUCACGCGCAUCAACACUGGCGUGCUCAGCUCUCGGGAUGCGAACUGGUGCGGCAGCACGCGUCUGCCGUGGGAGGCCGAUGUCAUCUUGCUGAGGGGCAGCAGCUGCUAUGUGACGAUCAGCCCGGGCGAUGCGAAUGACAAGUCGACGGUCAAUGAUGCAGCGGUCCAGACGCAGAUCAUCAACAAGCUGAAACCGCUUCUGUCUUGCCUUCCGUAA